AUGGAGAACCCGAACUUGUGGUGUGCUGCUUACAACGGCAAAAUUGAAGAUGUUCGAAAGUACCUAGCUCUAGGUGCUGAUGUCAACAAGAAGGACGCGGGUGUGCUGUGUGUGGCGGCUUCUGCAGGAUUUUUGGAAGUUGUAAAGGAGCUGAUUCAAUGCGGCGCCGACGUGGACUUGGCUGACAAUAAUGCCUACUCUCCGCUCUAUGCUGCGACAUUGACAGGGCAUUUGCACGUUGUCCAAGAGCUCGUUGACAAUGGCGCCAAUAUCGACGCACCAUCAACUCAGGUUCGAUGUACCCCGCUACAUCAAGCCGUGGAAAAGAAUCAUCUCGACAUCAUCCAAGCCUUGAUCGACAAUGGAGCUGAUGUCAACGCCAAGGAUGCUAUAUAUCAAACCCCACUCAUCAUUGCGUCCAGCGACGGCAACUUGGUCGCCGUCCAGAUGUUACUGCUUGCAGGCGCAGAUACCACGAUCGGGGAUGGGGGUAACAGAACAGCCCGAUCCAUCGCUGUAGACAAAAAGCACGGCGAUGUUGUCAAAGCGUUGGACGAGAGUGCCAAGAACCCCCAUAUUCAGCUCAAGCCUGUGACGGACGACGUGAAACUCGAACGCGCUGCCGCCAAACUCCGCUACAGAAGUGUAUGCGGCUUCUAAAACCGCCACGGUGCCAUUGACAACAUUUUACGAAGACAUUGCAGCAAAUGCUAGUGGAGAGGCUAAACGCAAACCCAAACCCAAACAAUCGGAAGUAAAAGCUCAGAGUGCCUACGUUGAAAGCGAAGCCCAUGCAGCCCAGGCAAAUAUUGUUUUUGCAAGGGCGAUUGAAAUAGAAGAAAAUUCGGCCAAAAUU